AUGGAGCAGGAAAGUGGAAGAAAGGCACCAAGGCUUUUUGGUUGCUUGAAGGAUUCACUGACGCAGAUUGGUGUGGAAACAAAUCAAGUCGAAGAAGUGCAAGUGAGUUGGAACUUCAGUGAUGUUGGAACAAAGAACCUCAGCAAGUCCAGGCUCUACUUUCUCCUUUGCGGCAUUGGUGCAGUUGAUCCAGUGACGGAAGAACACAUUGGGCAGGAGGAGUUUCAUGCUGCUGCAGAACAAGAUGAAAAUCGAAAGGCUUUGAGCAAACUUGGCAAAGCCACCAAAAGGAUCAGUUUGAUUCUUGGAGUACAAAGCCUUGAGUCUUUGGCGGCAGAAGCAAAAGUUUUGAACAUGUGUCCAAAGGACAUCAAGGCGGUCGAGCGUGACAACAACAGUUCUGCUCUUUGGAUUGCAAUUUGCUUGUUGUGCUUUUUGGUGGUGAUUCUUGCGGUGGCAUUUUACUUUGUUUGGAAGAGAUGCAACAAGCGUUUGAGUGAGCAAGAGGCAGUUGUGAAACAGAUGCAACAAGAUCUCUUCCACUGCUGA